AGAGGUGGGAGAGUUGCACUGAAUCUGUUACAGUUCCUGCACCCAGUGCUUGGCCUGGUGACCCAAGCGCUGUCUUGGGAAGAACAAAAGAGGAAGCAAAAUGCUGUUACCACAGCCAGAUGUGCCCAGGCAAGGCUAGGUUUGUUCCACUGAGCAAAAAGCUGCUGGCUUGCAUCCUGCCCCACUCUUCACCAAGGAUGUGCCUUCAGAGCAAGAGUCUGCUGCUGCUUGCAGCUCACCCAGUUUGCCUUAUUUGGCCAUAACUGGCAGUGAUUCGACGCUGAAAGCAAGAGGAGAGAUUAUUAGAGCUGUAAUAAAGGUCGUCAGUGGGAAGUGGAGAAAUGGCUAAAUUGACCCAAUUACUUGACAAUGAAGCCUUUCGGGCUUACGCUACUUAUGCAACUAUUGUUCUGCUAAAGAUGAUGCUAAUGAGUCUUAUAACAGCGUACUUCAGAGUCACAAGAAAGGCAUUUGCCAACCCAGAAGAUGCAGUAUCACAUGGAAAAGGCGAGAGUGCUAAAAAAUACCUGCGGACUGAUCCGGAUGUCGAACGUGUACGCAGAGGCCACCUGAAUGACCUUGAAAAUAUUGUCCCAUUUCUUGGCAUUGGACUGCUGUAUGCUCUUAGUGGUCCUGAGCUGUCCACAGCCUUGAUGCACUUCAGGAUCUUCGCUGGGGCUAGGAUUUUCCACACUUUGGCAUACUUGAUUCCUCUUCCUCAGCCCAGCAGAGGGUUGUCUUGGGCAGUUGGGUACGCAGUGACCAUCUCAAUGGCGUACAAAGUGCUGAAGACAGCGCUGCACCUGUAGCAGAGUUGUACUUUCUGUGUACCAUUCAACAUUCCAUGCAGAGUUUCCAGAAGUGUGUAUUGAUGUCUUGAACAAACCAUUGUGAGUUUUCCAUGGUGACUGGAAUUAAUUUUGUAACAGAGCCUUUUUAUUCCUGUUUAGAAACACUUCUUUUUGGAGUAGAAAGAAGAAUAAAAAUCCUUCUCUCUCUGUAUUCCCUGUCCUUGGGUUGCAUUGCCAAAAUAUCAGACUGAGUGUUGCCUUUGCAAUUUGUCAAGUGCUUACAAUUCUAAACAUGUGAUGAUGCUGUAUUGAUAGCAUGUGUGGUAAUUUUCUACAGAUGCUCUAUUUUUGGCUGUAGCUCUGAAGUCUAAAUCAAUAAAGACAAGAGGGGGGGAAAAAAAUAGGUGUGUUUGUAUUUUUGUUUUCAUUUUGACUCUUCUGACUGCAGCCAGCAAAUAGCAUGUCACUGUGAAUCAGGAAGAGAUUCCAAUCAUAGAGCUCUUUGAAGAAUGCUUACCUUAAUAAUAAGAUAUAACCAGGAAUGCUAGGCUUGUUGUAAAGAAGUCUUUGAUGAAAUUGUUGUUUGGAUAAUGUACUUUGGGAUUAAAAAACCCCAAACCAUU